AGACAAUGGAGAAAUUGUAUGUUGAGUUACCUCCCUUCGACUGACUUUGAGAAAAUGUGGUAAAAUGUGAAGACUCUCCUCCAAUAUGGCGACCUUGGCGCGAAGUGCAAGAUGGAUGUUCCGGAAGCUGAGUGUCCACCAACAGCAUGUCCUGGCCUCUGUCCAGUGCCGGUCACUUCACACAUGCUACAGGUCACUGGCCAGAGACGUCCAGACCUACAAGACAGAACAACAGCUUCAGAGCAAAGCAGCAGAACAUUUCGAUGAAAUCGCGAGGCUGAGGGAAACCAACAAGCUGUCGUUUGAGAUAGCUGUGGAUAUGUAUGUUGCUAAAGAGAGUGUGUACAGACGAGGGCAUGUUGAGUUUCUGUACUCGGCCUUGGGUAGGAUGAAGGACUUCAAAGUGGUCAAUGACCUUGCCACGUACAAGAAGCUGCUGGAGAUAUUUCCCCCCGAGAAGAUGAUCCCGAAAAGUUCCUGGCAGGUCGAGUUGAUGCACUAUCCUCGUCAGCAGCAGUGUGCCAUAGACCUCAUGGAACAGAUGGAGGAUAAUGGUGUAAUACCCGACCAUGAGUUUGGCAGUAUCCUGAAGAAAGUAUUUGGUCCCGAUGCCCACGCAUUCAGGAAGUAUCGUCGUAUGAUGUAUUGGCUUCCCAAGUUCAAAAAUGCAAAUCCCUACCCGGUACCGAAGGAGCUCCCGGAGGAUCCAUGUCUGCUGGCAGCGCUAGCCCUGAAGCGGAUGGCCAUUGACAAGGAGAAUGUCAUUGACAUGUGGAAGACCAUUGAAGUGGAGAUGGAGCCCCUAGAGGAUACAUUUGUCGUCUCCGCCCAGAGCCCCGCCCAGCAACAGCACAUCAGUGAGCACCCCAGAGACGUCCCCUUGUUUGUUGAGGGGGGAUACAAGGUGUGGCUGAGGGGACAGUCACUGACCUACUUCAUCCUGCGAGCUGACCCCGCCCUGGGGAGGGUGGUCAAGGAGGAGAAGGUAGAAGAGGACCUGUUUGGCUGGCAGGCGUAUGACAGCGAGGAGCGAGACGACCUGAUGCCGGCGUGGAGCAUGCACCAGCAGGAGGAUGGCACAGUGAUGGCCAUGUGUAUCACCGGCUCGGCCAGCAAGGACUCCCUGGUCACGUGGGUGAGGUACCUGCAGAGGAGGAACCCCGUGUUGGAGCACAUCCCUGUAGUGUUUAAGCUGAGGACUCCUGAUGCGGAACUACAGCCAGUGCCAGGGACGAGGACAGACCUGGCUCAGUCCUAGCUGGGUGGUAUCUGUAUAUAGACAUGUGAGGCAGCUACUACUAGAGUGGAGUGUCAAAGGAAGCUAUAAUAAAUGUAUCAUAUCCAUAG